AUGCCUAUGGGUAUCCGACGUGUGCAGCCAAAGUCUCAGGAGGACAGCACCGAGGACAAUGCAGGCGAAGAGGAGGAUUCCGAUGAGGAGGGCCUCUUUGUGAAUGACAAGGAGCGGGCUGCGAAGGAUAGGCUUGCUGCCAAACAAGCCGCCAAGGUAAAGACUGAGGGCGGUGGCCAGGAUGUUGAUAUGGACAGCAUUCCCCCUCGCUAUGGGGAAGCCGACACAGCCGGCUACGAAGAUAUGUUGUUGGUGGAUACGAGCCAGAAGCUCCAAAUCAGCAGCGGAAAAGCUGAGGAACUGCGGAGACAGCGCCGCCUCUUUUCGGAACCGUUGGACGACCGCGCGUUUAUCUUUCAGUUCCCCGUCAGACCACCGCUUUACGUCGUCAAAGAUGACGGCUCGCUCGCCAAGACUGAGGGCGACGACGAGGUGGUCACGCUGGACGGUCAGCAACAGGGCAAUGCUUCCGUCGAUCUGACUACCGGGGUUAAGGAGGAGGAGGUAGCAGAGGAGGAGAGCAAGGAGGAAGAGGAAAAGCCAGUGGUGCCGCAGGCGGGAUAUCUGGGCAAGCUCAUCGUGCGAAAGUCGGGAAAGGUUGAGAUUGACUGGGGUGGCUAUCCCAUGGACUCGGGCACUGGUGUUGCGCCCAGACAUUUGUCGACCGCUGUUUUGCUUGAGAUGGAGGAUGCCAAACCGGGCGAGCCGCCCAGAGGGUUUGCCUAUUCGAUGGGCCGUGUCGAAGCGGUCUUUUCUUCUGUUCUUAGGACCAGUGAUAUGGAGCCGUGGGUGGUGGAUGGGCAGGUUCCCGGUGCUGCUGGGAGCGCUUGA